AUGUCCGCUACCAUCGAAGAACUCCCUUCGGACCACUCUGACCAUGACCACGAGGAGGACCCCACCUCCCAGGCUGCUCUCGACAAAAUUCAGUCUCGUUCAGAGCGAAAGGCCCGAAAAGCUCUUCUUGGUUUGGGUUUGAAGAAGGUUCCCAGCAUUACCCGCGUGACCCUCCGCAGGCCCAAGAACGUGUUAUUCGUUCUCUCUUCUCCCGAUGUCUACAAGUCGCAAAACAGCGACUGCUACAUCGUGUUUGGUGAAGCAAAGAUUGAGGACAUGAACUCGCAAGCUCAGUUAUCUACGGCUCAACAACUUGCUUCUACUGGCAGUGCAGGUGCAGGGAUCAACCUUGAAAACUCUGGUGUGGGCGGCGAGGGUGAUGAUGACGACGACAUCCCAGAACUCGAAGCACCAGAAGACGACGGACCAGUUGAUGAGACGGGUGUUGAUCCUAAAGACAUUGAGUUAGUCAUGGCACAAGUCAACUGCUCAAGGGCCAAGGCUGUCAGAGUAUUGAAAGAGAGCGGAGGAGAUCUGAUCAAUGCCAUUAUGGCAGCGAGCGAAUAA